UGUAUAGUUCCAAAUUCGAACGGCUAUCAUGACACCAUGGCUCUCCUUCCACCACCAGCUUCGCCUUCCUCCCUUGCUUCUUUCAUUCCUCGUCCCCCAUCUCUCGCCCUAAAAUCCACAACCAACCUCACAUUUCCCAAACGUCGUCGUUCCGUAUGCACAGCUUCAUGGCAAGAGCUUGUCGGAGUUGUGGUAUUCUCGGCGAUUCCAUUCACCGCCGUGAAAGCCAUAGCCAAUAGCGCUCUCGGAGAGUCGCUGCAGCGGCGAUUGGAAGAAAGGAAGAAAGUUGCGGUUGAGAAUUCUUCCAGGUUCAGGGCCUUGGCCCAAAAUGCUCGCAAUCGGAGCUUGUGGUAUGGAGAAGAGCGUCCCCGCUGGCUUGGUCCUAUCCCAUAUGAUUAUCCGGCAUAUCUUACUGGAGAACUACCUGGGGAUUAUGGUUUUGAUGUUGUAGGUCUGAGCAAGGAUCCCGUGGCUUUCCAAAGAUAUUUUAACUUUGAAAUACUCCAUGCGCGUUGGGCCAUGCUAGCUGCCUUUGGUGCUUUGGUUCCAGAAAUUUUAGACCUGUUAGGAGCCUUUCACUUUGUUGAGCCUGUAUGGUGGCGAGUUGGCUAUUCAAAGCUUAAGGGAGAUACACUGGACUACCUUGGCAUCCCAGGACUCCACGUAGCUGGAAGCCAAGGAGUAAUUGUCAUAGCCAUAUGCCAAGUCCUCCUGAUGGUUGGACCAGAAUAUGCAAGAUAUUGUGGCAUUGAAGCAUUAGAGCCGCUGGGAAUCUACUUGCCAGGUGAUAUUAAUUACCCAGGAGGAGAGCUUUUCGAUCCCUUGAACCUCUCGAAAGACCCUGUAGCUUUUGAAGAGCUGAAGGUGAAAGAGAUAAAGAAUGGGCGCCUAGCUAUGGUUGCCUGGUUGGGCUUUUACAGUCAAGCAGCCUUGACAGGUAAAGGUCCUGUACAGAACCUGCUUGAACACAUUUCAGAUCCCCUACACAAUAAUCUGUUGUCAAUACUCAACCUAAUGUAAUCUUCCUGUUAAUAUGUAAUGUACAUGUUAUAAACAACUGUACAAGUCCAAGUGACUGUAAAUAAUAAUAUUAUUUUUUAUAAUUUUCUUUUUAAAAAAAAAA